AGUUAAUGAGUGCUUUAAGUUUAACUCCCCCUCUGAAAUUAUCUCCGACACCGUACAACCGAUUUUAGUCAAACUUUCCGUAAAUGUUAGGUUUAAUGGGUUACGGCAACGAAAAAAAUGUUUUGUCUCUAUGUCGUACGGUUUAGGAGUUUUCUAGAGAUCAAGGUCCAAAAACGGUCCUGAAGUUUUUCCCAAGGUUUUUUAAUACACUUCAAGCUGGAGAGUUCGGGUUUGUUUUAUUUUCAACUAGACACCGAACUACAUGGAUCGAUCGGCGCCGAUUUUCCAAUAAAGUCUUUACUGGUUUUACAGGCAACCUCCAAAGCCCGAAAAAUCCUCAAUUUGACAAAAAACUAAGAUUUAAUUCAAAAACCGGCGUCCCCAAACAUCCCCAAAAUCCCAGACAGCGCAAUAUUCGAUUACUAUAUUAAAUAGUCCUAUACACAUAGAUAAUAUAUAAUUACAAAUGCACGGCUAAUCUACGGAAGGUUCGAAGUCUUGAUCUUGCGGCAAGCGCAAAUUCUCCAUAAUAUCGGACCGUACCGAUUCAUCUGUACUAGAAGAAGUUUAGCAGCAUACAGUGUGUCUCAUCCACCCUCUUCGCUUCAGCCUUUAGGGAUGGCUGCCCAGCGCACUUGUAUUGAUCCAAUAUCUUGACUCAAAACGUGUUUCUUGCAUUUCUCGAGUUAAGAAAUGCAUAAACCUUUUCUUAGGUCAAUAUAUUGAGUCAUUUGAUGAGUUAAAUUCUUGGCAGGAAGUACAAAACAAAUACUUUCUUGACAGUCGUUUGUUAAGUUAUUAUUUUUACUUUUGAGAAGUUAUUUGGACAUGUGGUAAUAUCCGGACUGAGUGAGCUAGUCAUCUGUUUUCUGAUUGUUUAGAAAAAAAUUUUCCGCCUAAAAGACAAAGGAUACUAUUGUUGUUUCUGGCCCGUUUGUAUGAUGUACCCAUUUAGGUAUUUUUAUGUUAAAUAUUACAAUGCAUUAUGGUAACCAAGGCGGCAUGAUCUUUUUAACGAGUUUUUUUUUGACGAGAAAGUGUUUUUAAAUCUUUCUUUCUGGAUUUGAAAUGUAGGACUCUAUGUAAAUAUAGGAUAUAGGCCAUCUUAUGAAGCAGUUUGGCCAUGUAAAAAGUACAUAAGAAAUAAAUAAGAAUAGCAUGAGAAUUCUUAUCACUUUCUUAUGAAGUUCUCACAAAUAUCUUAUCCGAUUCUUUUAAGACUCUUACAAAAUUCAUGGCACGUUCGAGCGUUUUCCUAUAUAAAUAUGAUGCCUGGUUGAUAUUAUCGGCAGUUAAACUGCUUAUUACAAUCGGAAGAAUUCAUGAGCCAUGAUUCUGUUACUGUCACUGUCAUAGGUUUCGCAACAACCAAAGAAUUGAUCAGUAAGUCAAUUUUCAGAAGAGAUACGGGAUGUUUUGAGUUAGGAUCGACUUUUGGUAGAAUACUGUCGGAAUUUAGAAAUAAAGACAAAUCGGAAACUUUUAGUGUGACAGACUAUGGUAUUAGCACAUCGACUCUUAUUCUGGCCGAAGACAUUUCGUCAAAAGGUUUACUCUGCAAUCGUAGCAGUUGGAUUAUAUUUUGCGAUAUUCAGUAUAAUUUACUUUCAUCUCGUUUUCGUUAGAAAACACGGCAUAAACCCGAAGUUUCCUACAAAGAGCUACAUACUGGUAACCGGAGGCGCUGGUGAUAUUGGAAAACCCUUAAUUCUGCAGCUAAUCAAGUUAGGUUACACUAUCGUGAUAUUAGACGUUCAGAACAAUACAAAAGAACUACAUUACACUCUCAAUAAUAAUAAGUACUAUCUUCGAAAAGUUAAUUAUUUUGUCGCAGAUAUUAGAAACGUGUCAACUGUUCGCCGGAUUAUAAAACAAUUCGAUAAACUAAAUGGAAUUAUUCAUUUUGCCGCCGUUUCAACCACCGAAGAUUGUGCAGCUAAUAUCACCGAAUGUCUAAGUGUUAACGUCAAUGGAACGGAAGGUCUGCUGCAAGUUGUGGAAUCAAGUUUUGCCAAUACCUCAGUAAAACCUUGGAUUAUUUUUGGCUCAUCACGCGAAGUAUAUGGUAAUGUAGAUCCGAAUUUACCUGCUGAUGAAGAUACGCCGUUACUGCCGGUAAACGUUUAUGGUAAAUCAAAAUUAGUAGGAGAGUUGCUUCUAGCUCAAUACAUGUCUGCUUUCUCGAACAUAUUUAUUUUGCGUUUUGCUGAUGUUUAUGGUAGUCUUUUGCAGAAAGAACGACUUGUACCUAAUAUGAUCAAAACUGCUAUGAUGGAUGCCGUUUUAUACAUAACCGAUGUAAAUAAAGAAGUUGAUUAUGUUCAUAUUCACGAUGUAAUCAGUAUUUGCAUUAAAGCAGUACAAAAGCUUGAGAAGUAUGCCUGGGGAUUAAAUUCCACAAUUAACAGACUUAUCGUUGGCAGCGGUGAAACAACUGACACUAACAAACUAGUAUCAGUUAUUUUGGAAAUAACAGCAUCUCGUUCACCAUUAAUAUUACUUCCGUCGAAUAGGACUGAUACAUUCAGUUGCAAUAUAAAGCAAAUGAAGCGAGUUCUGGGUUAUAUACCGGCCUACAGCAGUUUGGAAGCCGGCUUACAAAAAUAUGUGUACGACCUAAGGAGACAAGAACAGAAAACACUUGAGACCAUAUACAAAGGAGAGUGUUCUAGUGCUGAGGUUACUAGUCUAAAACUAGAUAAAUGCACACGGCCCAAGCCUGAAAAACAUCGUGAAUUGGGUGAUUCAUCUAGAUGCAACUGA